UCUGCAAAGUAUACAGGGUCCAUGGGGCUGCCUAUCAAAGUUAGUGGCUCCUGAGGUAUCCAAGGAUUUGGGCUGGGGUCCAAACUGGGGGUCCUGCUGAGGAUUUCAUUAUGGAGGAGCCUAAAUCUUCUGAUCUCAACAGCCAAGUAAAAGGAACUGAAAACAAAAAACGCUACAGUGAGAUUUUCCGAAGUUUGGAUGCCCUUGAAAUUUCAAUUGGAAAUGCGGCAAUUGAAAUGUUUAGUGAUGAUGCUGAUGACAACAGGAAUGAAUCUUCAAACCCACAGCCUGAAAUAGUACAGACAGAGGAACUUUUCUGUAAGUAUGAAAGAAAUUUGGAAGCAACAGAUCCAGGAAAUAUGACAGUUGAAGAAGCUGAUGAGAUGCUGAUCAAAUGUGAUGGUGGUGUAGAAGCAGCCCUAGGGUAUGCCAAAAUGUGGUGCAAAUACAUCAAGGAGCUGUUGAACUGGAUAGACAAACGUAUUUCUUAUGAAAUAGAAUUUGCAAAGAACAUUGUGAAGAUAGCCGAAGGUGGAAGAAAUAUCAUUUUUUCUCAGAAUGAUAUGCCUCUCCAGUCCCUGUAUACCAUGGUCAUGGAGCAUGACAUAAAGGCAGGGAACGUAGCCAUCGAAACAGCUGGAACAUUGCAUCUGAGAGAAUAUUAUCAGCCUCUUUUGGCCAAAAAGAAUGAAAUUGAGAAAUGGAGGAAGGAAUUCAAAGAUCAGUGGCAGAAAGAACAGAAAAGGAUGAACGAUUCCUUGUCUUCGAUGCGCAAAUCUCGCCUCCAUUACCUCCAGCGCUGCGAGGAUUUGGAAAAAGCCAAAGUGCAAAGUGCCAAAGCCGAAGAAGAGUUCCAGGCUAUCACAAGUAGUGGAAACAAGCAAUUGGAAAAACGACGGCGUUAUCGGGAUGAGGCUCAGUUAAAGGUUCAGGAAUCAGAAGUCGUAUAUAGAAGCUGUGUUUCUGAAUCCAACAAUCGUUGUCUCGAACUGAAAAAAGUCAGAGAGAGAAUUAUCUCUCACAUUCGCAAGCUAAUGUAUCAAGGAGAUGAAAUGCUGGUGAGGGUGUCCUUGAGGAUGUUCAAGCUCCAGCAAGCUCAAGCAGAACGGAUCCCUGUAGGAUACCAGAACUUGACUGAAUUCUGCAAGCCUUACAAGAUUGGUGAAAAAUAUCUGGAAUUUAUUCAAAAACUGCCAAAAAAAGAGCUUCCCAUUGAGGUGUACAGAUUUAAAGAAUUUGUAUCAGCAGGGCAGAGAAGAAAAAAUAUUGCACCUUGUGCUCGAAUUUAUUCAUCGGCUGCUGACCUCAGCAACUCAUCAGAAGAAACUCCCGGAAAGCCUUCUUCCUCAAGCAGUGAGCAAAGUCCUCACCAAUCUUUCUACAGUGACACGGAGAGUUUGGGAGGGAGCACUGAAUGCCAAAGCUUGGAUUCACCCACAUCUAGCCCAGGGCACAAUAAGUUGCUGAAAGCUCCAUCCACUGGAACGGUAUCCUCUUCAGAAGACUGUGAAGACAAAGAUUUGAUACAAGCCUAUGACAAUGAUCUAAAUGAUGUUGCAUCUGAAAAUGGCUUGUCCCAUUAUCAGUUUAAAAAAACAAUCCUGUCAAGUGCUGCUCAGACUCAUCGGCUGAGAAAACUGAGGGGUCCUUCAAAAUGCAGAGAGUGUGAGAACUUCAUGGUCAAUGGUAUCGAAUGUGAAGAAUGCCUGUUAACCUGCCAUAAAAAAUGUCUGGAGACCCUUCUCAUCAAUUGUGGUCAUCAAAAACUGCCAGCCCGGGCAUCGCUAUUUGGAAUUGACUUCAGUGAUGUGCCAAGGGAUUUCCCAGAGGAGGUGCCAUUUAUUGUGAUGAAAUGUACAUCAGAGAUAGAAACUCGUGCCUUGGGAGUGCAGGGAAUAUAUCGCAUUAGUGGGGCGAAAGCACGCAUGGAGAGAUUGUGCCAAGCCUUUGAGAAUGGCCGAAGGUUGGUGGAGCUGUCAGAACAUUCACCCCAUGACAUCACUGGAGUCCUUAAACAUUUCCUUAAGGAGCUUUCCAGCCCUGUCCUUCCAUUUAAACUUUAUGAAGAUUUCAUGGCUUUCUCAAGAAAUUUGCAGAAAAGUGGGGCUAGUUCUGAGACAGAUCCCAUCAAGACUGCCAAGGAUUUGCUGAGCAAAUUACCAGCAACAAAUUAUAAUACUAUAAGGCAUCUUAUUGCUCAUCUGUACAGGGUGUCCGAAAGCUAUCAGGAGAACAAGAUGUCCCCCAACAACCUAGGCAUCAUCUUUGGCCCUACUCUAAUCCGGCCUCCCUGUAAUAAUGAUGUGUCCAUGUCAUGCCUGGUGGAUUCAGGAUACCAGUCCCAGCUGGUUGAAUUUCUUAUCCUGAACUAUGAAAAGAUAUUUGGGAUGGAUGACCUGCCUUCAGCUGGACUCUGUGACUGUGAAAACUCUUUGAAACAGGCAAAUACUAAUGAAGUUCUUUCAAGCAAUCAAAGACUUUCCAAUGCAUCUCUUGAGAGCUCUGCCUCCAAGGUAUGUUUGGGUGAAGAUGAUUGUAGAAGUGUGGACAGUUCCUUCAUUGAGGUCAAGCAGAAAGACAGCGAGGAGCAAACUGUCAACCCCGUAGAGCUGAACAGGACAAAUGACAUAGAACUGCAAGACUUUAUACUUGAUCCAGAAGUUACUCUCAACCCGCAAUCCAGGGGACGCUUCAACCGGAUGCCAAUAAAACAUACCCGUACCAUCAUCCCCCAAGUUUCCAGUCUGCCCCUGCUGGCUGCUGUUUUGUCUAAUUCAGAGGCAGCCGGUAGCCGCUUGGAGGCAAAUCCAAGUAGACGCAGUGCCUCACCUGAUACCUCUGGAAAGCGUAAACAUUUUGAGAUCACACCAGAAACUGCUAGGAUUGUCUCCAAGCUGCAGACUCAAAAUGGAACAGAAGAUUAUUAUCAAGCUCAGCUUGGGGCAGCUCUCCAGGAAAAGUCUCUGGAUGCAGUGGUAGAAAAUAAGACUGAAUCCCGAGCUAAAAUAUUGCUUGGGAAAUGAACUGGGCAAAGGACUAAAAGAUAUUCUGAAAUGCAUACAUCACAAAACAUCAGGGCUCUAUAGUGUAUUUGGAGAACAAAUAAACCAGCCCUAAGUCUAAGAGGAAUAGAACUGUUUCCAAAGAAAAGGGUGGACUAGAACUGAGCCGCUGAGAUACUAGAAACUAUAAACCCAGUGACUUUCAAAAGGGGAGUAUUACUGCAAAGGCACUGUGGGGAAGCAAAACAUUCCUAGGGAAAGUGGCAGGAAUUUUGCAGAAAUGGACAGAGCCAUGGAAACAUCUGUUCCCAAUGGUAUGAGCCAGAUGGUAUGAGCAUUCAAGGUGGUACAGGAUUAUGUUUGACAAUGAUAAUGUGACUGUGUUGAAACCACAUGAUGGAAGUUUUGAUCAGAUUACUAUCUGCAAAAAUAUAUCCCGAAUGUUUAAAAUGAUCAAAAUGAUCACCAAAGAAAGAUAAAUUCUAUGUAAAUUUGUGCAAAAAAACCUCUUUUGAAAUCUUGAAAUGCCAUUUCUCUAGCUUCUGAGCAGCAACAUGUUUAGGCAUUAUCAAUCCUGGAAAUGUACUUGUUUUUUUAAAAAAAUGAAAUUUAUUUUUGGGAAGCUGAGUUCUGUAUUAAUUAUAUGUAUCUGCGCUUUUUUUUUAAUCCGUUUGUACAGAACGGUCUAAAAAUAGCAUUGGCUAAACAGUGUAGUGGUUCUCUACUGAGAACUGCUAAUAUUAGGAGGAAAGCAUGAAAGAGUAUAUAUAAGAAGGCAAUGGUAUGUUUCUUGUAGAGAACGCCUGGAUAAGGAGAUGGGGCAGGGCAAGUAGAGGGUUGAUACGGUGUUGCUGGAAUAUUUUCUUAUGAACAUGUUAACACCUAUAAGGUUCUCUUUGUGUAGAGUUGCCAGUUGGACAUGAAUGUUUAUGGGCAACUUCCCACUAUAUAUAUUUCUUAAAUUCCAUCAACCAUCUCUCCUCACUUUUUGUGUAACAUAAUUGCUUGAGUGUAAUUGGUUGAGUUC